AUGGGCAGGGACGUGGAUGCCGUCACGGGAGACCCCAGCGUUGGCGAAAGCGCCAGGCGCAGGGCCGACUGUGUUGGUUCGACGAGAGACCGGGAAGAUCACAAGAAUCGGAGGCGGCAUUCACGGCAGAGCGCGGCCCAGGCUUUUUCUGUGACCGAUGAAAACGACGAUGAUGACGACUCGGAUGCUGGCUCAGAUUACAGUUCCGUCUCCGUGGAUGAGCUCCCACCCAUCCGCGCUUAUGGCCACACCUACCACGGAUCCGGUAUUCUUCUCAUGCCCAACGAUGAGUCCGAGCGGGCUCGUUUGGAGAUUCAGCAUCAACUAUUCAAGCUUUGUCUCGAGGGCGGUUUGACGGCAACUAAAUUACCGACAGAUCGACCGCUGAACAUUCUUGAUAUCGGCGCUGGCACGGGGAACUGGGCCGUUGAAAUGGCCCAGCAGUAUCCCCUGGCCAAGAUUAUGGGUGUCGACAUGUCGGCAGCAUUAUUACCAACAAACGUCCCGCCAAACGUCGUUUUCGAAGUCGAGGACGCAACUGACCCUUGGGCCCGAGAAAAGGACAGUCUUGACUUCGUGCACAUGCGCAACCUUGUUGGCGGUGGCGUGCCUGACUGGAAAGUCGUGAUUCAGCAGGCAUACGAGCAUCUUAAGCCGGGUGGUUUAAUCGAGUUCUCGGAAGUGAGGACACGGUACUUCGACCUCAUCGAUAGCAGCGGGGACGAGCCUACGACGCGGGCCAAGGAAGAGGAUAAAGAAGGACCCAUGACGGCCUGCCGUGAGUUUGAGGUGCGGUUUGGGCAAAUGGCCAAAAUUGCGGGUGUAGAUUUUGACCCUAUACCUAAAAUACCUGCCAUUCUUACGGAUGUGGGCUUCGAGAGGGUUGGCCGUUGGUCAGAUUUGGUGCCCAUCCAGGCUGUGGGUCAUGAUGAGAAGAUGGUGAGGAAAGGAGCUGAAUUUGCUCACAUGCUUGAAUAUGGACUGGAGAACUACUCGCUGGCCGUGUUUGGCAAGGGAGGAUGGGAUGAGAAUGAUACCCGGGCCCUGUUGCAGAGAGUCCACAAGGAAUCGCGUGAUCCCGCAAACGAGGCUUACGGAAAGGUAUCUUUUGUAACGGCUAGGAAGCCGAUGCAAUGA